CCGGAAAUUCACACAAAGAAGAAGAAGAAGCUGUUGCCGCAAUAUUUCUCACCAUGCCUCCCACGCGCGAAUGCUUCUCGCGACGAGCAUAGCAGAGGCAUGACAACAACAGUCAAGUCUUUGCAAACUUGCCUGUUACAAUGUAACUUGUGAUAUUAGAUUACAAUGUAACAUGUAACGUGUUUUUCGGUCAACAGCAAAAGUGAAGCAUCGUUGUAAACAUUUUUGUCGAGACAAAUGUAGCUGAAAGUAAAAGUGGUUGGCGCGACGACACUUCAAAACCACAGCGGGGACAGAAAACAACCCGCAUAUGGAACGCAAACAAGGGGAAGUGAUCUCAGCAUGCGUUUAAUUUCCUGUUCUUAAAGAUUAGCACACAUUUUUCCCUGCCAAAAAUGUAUAUGGCAAUUUUAUAGUUUUCACUUAAAGGGCGUACUAGAUAGCCAUUUGCUACUCAGUUAGCAAGCUCAUUUUCUGUCAUGUUUUGGGAGUUGUAUCGACACUUCUGGGUGUCUCAAAUUUUCAACGAGCUCGACUAGUAAGCGGGGAGCAUGGACAGCUCUGUGACCCUGUGGCAGUUCUUGCUCCAGCUCCUAUUGGACCCCACCAAUGAUCAGCUGAUCUGCUGGACCAAUGAGGAGGGCGAGUUCAAGCUGCUGCAGGCGGAGGAGGUGGCCAAGCUUUGGGGCGCCAGGAAGAACAAACCCAACAUGAACUACGACAAGCUUAGCAGAGCCCUGAGAUACUACUAUGACAAGAACAUCAUUAAGAAGGUGAAUGGGCAGAAGUUUGUGUACCGCUUUGUCUCAUACCCAGACAUUCUGAAAGGGGAUGCCUCUGUUCGGCCCGAUGGGGAGGGGGGUGCAGGGGGUGACCUGCCCCUUUCAGAGAGGGGGGACAACACAUUCAGAGAUGAUGAGGGUGGGGACAGGAGUGAAGGUGUGACAGCGACACGGGGGUCCAGUACUAAGCCGUCCAACCGUAAUGACUACAUCCACUCUGGUCUGUACACCUCGUUCACCCUCACCUCGCUGCAAAAUGGACGGCAGCUGUUCAAGUCCAUCAAGAUGGAGAACCCCGGAGACAAGAUGGCCGACAGGAAGUCCAAUACCCGGGCCCAAGACCCACCCUCUCAGCCAAUGCCAUCGCCGUCAGUCAUCAAGUUUGGGACCACCCCUCCCAAGAGAAGCCCUCCACCACCUCAGGUUACUAUAGAAACAUCCAAUCCGCCAUUGUACCCUCUCCAAGUCCCGCCUCCCAUAGAUGAUGCAGUGAGGACACACUCCACCCUCCUGCCUCAGGCUGUGUACGCGUUUGAGCAAGCCAAGACCUUGGAAUCCUCGAAUCUUCGAAUCCUGCAUAGUUUCAGCUUAUCAGAGUUGCCCUCUCGGAGUCCCUCCCCCAGCAUGGUGCCGGACUCCACCCAGGAGCUGGUGAUUGACAGUGACAUCGAGUCCAUCUCCUCCCAACCGACAGAGAUUCAGAUACAGGCGGUGCAGAGUUCUGGCCAUGUGUCAAGUGGUGAGGUAUGUGGAGGAAACGGGGACAAGGGAGGGAAUAGGGAGUUGAGUUUGUCUCCGGCGUGUGUGAGUGGCCAUAUCACAGGGGGCAAGGCCCGCAAGCCUCCUAAAGUCCUGGAGCUUUCCACUCCUACACUGGUGGUCACUGCCUCUGACCUUUCACCUAUGAACCUCUACAGCCCCUCACUACCCACCGCCUCUCUCACGCCAGCACUGCUACAGACGCCUACUCUGUUGCUGACCCCCAGUCCCCUGCUGUCUAACAUCCACUUCUGGAGCACGCUCAGUCCGGUGGCUCCCCUCAGCCCUGCCACCCGCCGCCAGCAGGGAGCACACACCCUGUUCCAGUUCCCCUCAGUGCUCACCCCUCAUUUCCAUAUCCCCACACACAGUCUGGAUGGGACCAACACCCCCGGACCCCUCACUCCAGACUCCCAUAAGACAUAAGUGGCCUUACCCUUGGAACCUGUGGAGCCCCCAGAUGCAGAGGCCCUACUUCUGCUCUACCCGCACACUCCCAAACAGACACAGGAGACAUGGGGGUUGAUGAUUUGGAUAAAUGAGGACCAUCCACUGCCAGGAGGGACUGAGACAGUUAGAGGUUUCCAACACGCACACAUCUUGAUUCCCUGAACACUUCCUGUUCUUUUAACUUGCCAUCUUCAGGUCUCCAUUGACACCUCUUCUAAAGAAGUAUUUUUAGGAAUUGCCAUGGUAACCGGUGCUGCAAAGACUAGUGAUUUGAUGCUGACCAGUCAGAAAUGUGCAUCACUUUACCUGAACAGCCAAUUGUGUCUCCGCUCUGAGACCAAAGGGAUUACAGACCUUUUUCUUUCUAUUUGAACCUUCAUAGUUUCCUUCUAUUCUUUUUGUGGAACUUCACACUUUCACAACAAACUGUUUGAUGGUGUGUUGUCAAUUCCCAACUCAGUUUUUAGAUGUUUUUUAAUUGAUAAUUUCCCAGUUAUUAGUUAUGUUUUUAACGUGUUUUAACCAGCUAACCUUAAUGUUUCUCCUCACCGGCUCUCUUAGAUGGAAAAUGCUUGCCAACACCAACUCUACUUUUCCCUUAACUGUCAAUCCCCUCAUCUACAUGCCAGUACAGUUGAAGUCAGAAGUUUACAUACUUUAGCCAAAUACAUUUGAACUAAGUUUCACAAUUCCUGACAUUUUAUCCUAGCAAAAAUUCUGUCUUAGGUCAGUUAGGAUCACCACUUUAUUGUAAGAAUGUGAAAUGUCAGAAUAAGAGAUUUAUUUCUGCUUUUUAUUUCUUUCAUCAUAUUCCCAGUGGGUCAGAAGUUUACAUACACUCAAUUAGUAUUUGGUAGCAUUGCCUUUAAAUUGUUUAACUUGGGUCAAACGUUUCAGGUAGCCUUCCACAAGCUUCCCACAAUAAGUUGGGUGAAUUUUGGCCCAUUCCUCCUGACAGAGCUGGUGUAACUGAGUCAGGUUUGUAGGCCUCCUUGCUCGUACACGCUUAUUCAGUUCUGCCUUCAAUUUUUCUGUGGGAUUGAGGUCAGGGUUUUGAUGGCCACUCAAAUACCUUGACUUUGUCCUUAAGCCAUUUUGCCACAACUUUGGAAGUAUGCUUGGGGUCUUUGUCCAUCUGGAAGACCCAUUUGCGACCAAGCUUUAACUUCCUGAGAUGUUGCUUCAAUUUAUCCACAAAAUUUUCGUACCUCAUGAUGCCAUCUAUUUUGUGAAGUGCACCAGUCCCUCCUAAAGUAAAGCACCCCCACAGUAAAGCACCCCCACAACAUGAUGCUGCCACCCUCGUGCUUCACGGUUGGGAUGGUGUUCUUCGGCUAGCAAGCCUCUCCAUUUUUCUUCCAAACAUAACGAUGGUCAUUAUGGCCAAACAGUUAUAUUUUUGUUUCAUCAGACCAGAGUACAUUCCUCCAAAAAGUAUGGUCUUUGUCCCCAUGUGCAGUUGCAAACCGUAGCCUGGCUUUUUUAUGGCGGUUUUGGAAGCAGUGGCUUCUUCUUUGCUGAGCGGCCUUUCAGGUUAUGUCGAUAGGACUCGUUUUACUGUGGAUAUAGAUACUUUUGUACCUGUUUAUUCCAGCAUCUUCACAAGGUCAUUUGCUUCUGUUCUGGGAUUGAUUUGCACUUUUCGCACCAAAGUACAUUAAUCUCUAGGAGACAGAACGCGUCUCCAUCCUGAACGGUAUGACUGCUGCGUGGUCCCAUGGUGUUUAUACUUGUGUACUUUUGUUUGUACAGAUGAACGUGGUACCUUCAGGCGUUUGGAAAUUGCUCCCAAGGAUGAACCAGACUUGUGGAGGUCUACAAUUUGAGGUUUUUGCUGAUUGCUUUAGAUUUUCCCAAGAUGUCAAGCAAAGAGUCACUGAGUUUGAAGGUAGGCCUUGAAAUACAUCCAAUUGACUCAAAUUAUGUCAAUUAGCCUAUCAGAAGCUUCUAAAGCCAUGACAUCAUUUUCUGGAAUUUUCCAAGCUGUUUCGAGGCACAGUCAACUUAGUGUAUGUAAUCUUCUGACCCACUGGAAUUGUGAUAGAUUAUUUCACUUAUAAGUUACUGUCUGUAAACAAUUGCUGGAAAAAUGACUUGUCCUAACCGACUUGCCAAAACUAUAGUUUGUUAACAAGAUAUUUGUGGAGUGGUUGAAAAACGAGUUAAUGACUCCAACCUGUAUGUAAACUUCCGACUUCAACUGUAUGAAGCAGUGCGAGACCUGCCAGUAUAUAUAAAGCAGUGCGAGGCCUGCCAGUAUAUAUAAAGCAGUGCGAGGCCUGCCAGUAUAUAUAAAGCAGUGCGAGGCCUGCCAAUAUAUAUAAAGCAGUGUGAGGUCGUGACUCUGCUCUCUGCGGUGUGUAAUGGUCUUUUGCCAUAACAAAAUGUGUUAUUUAAUGAAGUUCUUACUGUAAUUCUCUCACUUAGACCAGUAUACAGGCAGCCAAAUCGGAACAGAACCAAACCACCUCAGUCUCUACCAGAGAAAAACACGCAUAUUUAUGGGACUUAUGUAUGUGUGAUGCUUGUAAGAUAUUGAAUUUAUGUAUGCAAAAUGGCCCUAUGCCUGUAGGUCAAUUUAUGAGAAGCCAUAACCCUUACUGUAACCCCAACCUAAAACCUAGCCUUAACCACAUUCUUAACUUAUAAACAACCCUGCCACCUCAGAUAGUUGGACAGAUUAAUAUCACCUCCUUUGCCAAAUAACUACUAACCUUGUGGAGAUUGAGCAAAUAAGGAUCCUCGCCAUAAACUAACCCUAAGGCUGUGCAUUUCUGUUGUGAAGCUAUAAGGAAAACAUGAAAUGUGUGAAGGGAAAUCACAUCUGGACUCUGAUAGAAUUGAAUUGUUGGAUGGCAGAGGAGUUUAUCACUAACCUGUAAGGUUGCUCCAUAAGAAUCAGCCAUGUUAACGUGGUGCCUUAAACCUCUAAAGCCAAACCUGAGGAGUGUGGGAACAGCCAUCCCCUCCCCUGUCCACUCUCUACCCUCCUCCCUACUGCCCUGGUCUCCCUGGGCGCAAACUUCAACAGAGCACUACAACAGUAUUUGGUGAAGUACUAGAAUGCAGAGUGUAAGUAUUCUAGAUUUCUACCAGUCCUUUACUUGUCUAAUGUCUGCUCUCCUAUGUACAGUAUGUUUCCUCUCCCAUUGAACUAACAGGUGGGGGUGAAACAGCCAUUCCCAUGACAUGGCCAGUGAAUAGCCUGGUUGGUGUCGGUCUGUUUCUGCUUUGCCAACAUGUCACCUUGCCAAGACUUUGGGAAGGGCACUGAUGUGGCAUGGUUGAAGCCAUAACCAGUCUGUUACCCAGGCUACUGGGAGUAAACCCACACAGGGCGUUCAAAGUAUGACACAAAGCAAUAUGGUUUGUGACUUAACACAUUUUCUUUGUAUGAUUCAUGUUUUAGAACAGGUUUGUAUAGUUAUUUUGAUUUUAAUGACAGUUGCCUUAAAGAUGGAAUCCGUGCCCCUGGCCACACCAUCAUUGUUGUUAUUAUUCUGGCCGAGCUGAGAAAACAAACGCAGGACAUAGGUCUUCUAUCGUGCGUACAAUGAUGACCGAGGGGGAAAAAACUGUUUGCAGUAACUUCUUUGUUCUAAUAUCGCAAACGGACGUGGCUGUUUCACAAUUAAGGAUUCCAGCUUUAAGUAUAUGGAAUAUCGUCACCCACAUUUGCAAGUCCUGUGAAUCAGGAAAAUGAAUGAGGUUUUAAUGUACCAGAAUCCUGUUUAGAGUGAUUCUGCUAAGCUCGAUUUUGCACUACUAAGACAUUUUCAGCACACAAUCAAAGCUCCCUUUCCCUCUGUAUCUGACAAGUAAAUAAGACAAUCAAAUAACAAGUGUGUAUUUACUUCAGCUGAAUUCCAUUCCCCCCCCCCUCCGACUGAAUUGUAAUGUGUUUUUGUAACAUGGCCAGAUGCUAGGCUCAAUGCUGUUCUGUAGUCUGUUUUUAACGCUGAUGUCUUGUUUGAUUUAGUUUUUUUCCGUGGGUUUUCUUUACUCAGUGUUGGGAAGUGAUGAUGACAUUGACUAUUUGCAAAUCAAAGCCUUACAGAGGGAAACUUAAAUCCGUCUUUGUAAAGUAUUUUGAUAUUGUUAAAGGCCCAGUGCAGUCAGACUUGAUUUCAUGUGUUUUUAUCCAUCAAUCCAUCCAGAGGUUGGAAGAAUAAUGAUAUUGUGAAAAUGAUAAUGCCCUUUCUGUUUAAGAGCUGUUUGAAAAGACUGCCUGAAACUUAAGCCCGUUUUGGUGGGAUGGAGUUUUGGCCUUCUAUGGCGACACCAUGCGGUAAAUUAGUUAAUAGACCAAUAAGAAACAAUUCCAAACUCCUUUUCAGUUUUCCCCUCCCCACUCAAACCUCUCCCUGACAGUCCUAGCAAAAUUAUUGAUUGAGAUAUUGCUAUUUUUGUUGCUUUUUGACAAAUUUUAUUGAACAAUCAGUAAGGUAAUUGUUGCCCAUAAAAUAUUUGAUGUUGAGAAACUGAUGCAUUGGACAUUAAUAUUGUGUGUGUGUGUCAACAUUGGCACUUAGAACAAUAGGGUACCUGUCGUAUUGGAUUUGUUCUUUUGUUUUAAAUAACUUUUUUUUCCUGUGUUUGAAAAAUCUAUAUUAACCCUAAUUAUAGUUGUAAACGAAUUCUGUACAUUUCUUUUCCCAAAUCAACAGAACCUAUGCACAAAAUACUUUAAUAUUGCAAAUCUAAAGAUUACAUUUAAAAUGUUUAUUCUAAGGAAGUGCAUCUUUAAAUGGGCAAUUAGCAGUUGCUACAUCCAUUUGACUUAUGAAUAUGUACCUAUUGAUUCUUGAAGAAUAUAACUUAAUGGUUCAUGAGCUUAGUUCAAAUCUCCUGGCCAACAGAACCCAGAAUAAGCUUGUUUUACUCGUGUUUGAAAAAAAAGUAAAUGUAAACAAACACUAUAUAGCCUCAAAACAUGUUUAAAACUAUAGUUUUGAUAUAGUCCUCGCAUCCAUCUGAAUUUGAGUGCUUACAUUUCUGCAGCCCCAUCCUUUUUACUGAAACAAGGGUGAGUCACCGCUUUAUCAUUUCAACUGCUGAUUGCUUCAUUUAAAAUCCUAAUGCCUCUUAAAGUGGCAGAGUCCCUUUAGUUAAGCCCUAUUACAAAUGUGUAUAUUCUAAAGAAUUAGAUUUGUUAAGUUGAUACAGUAGUCCGAGUUCUAUAAUAUGACCAGUUUUGAUAAAGACAACCUCUGAAUAGGCAGCCAUAUUGUAGAUGAAGGUAGGUGUGAUCAUUCUGAUUCAGGUUUCAUUCAUUAGACCCUAUUCAACCCAGCAUUACACCUAGUGCAUAUUUCUGUUAAAAAAAGGUUAUUUUACAAUUUAACAAUUGUUUUUAUUUGAAUCACAAUUCAAUUAUAAAACCAGUACUUUUGCUUCUAUCGUUCUUGUUUUGUUCACUUCUGUAAAUUAUUUGUUCAAUGCUUUUCAAAUGUUUACAAGCUGUUUGUGUUUGAGGUGAAAUAGGAAACGUUUAACAGAAGACGAUUAAAAAAACCUUGCUCUA